AAAACACUUGCUGAGGACCUGAAAUACGCUCUCAUUCCGUAUGGGGCGGUCAAGCAGAUACGCAAAUACACGGACUGUAAUGGACACUGGUUUGGAGAAGCCUCUGUCAUUAUCGAUAGAAUGGAAGACGACAUGGAGUAUGCCGGUUUACCCGAACUCUCGAGGAUGAUCUACAUUGAGAAAAUGGAUACAUAUAUUCCAGCCACGUACCAAGGAGCCCCAAAAAUUUGCUUCCACUGUCGAUUAUCCGGCCACGAGAGAAAGGAUUGUCCUGAUCUGCAGAAUGUACAAUGUUACCGCUGCCAAGGCUAUGGCCAUAUCAGCAAACACUGUAAAAACCAGAAAGACCGGCAAAAGAAUGUGGUUUCUGCGACCAAAGUCUCUGACAUAGGCACAGAAGACCAGAUAACCACACAAGAAGUAGCAGAUGAUGAGAUACAUCAUCAAGAAACUGGAACAAGCGAAGUUGAUGAUGUAGAAACAUCUUCAAUGGAGUUGGAAGAAAGGGACCAAAUGCAAGAAGAAAACGUCCAAGGUGAUAACGAAGCCGCUGACGAUCAACAAUGUGGUGCGGAUCAGGAUUCCAAUAUAGGAAUUCCACUGGAAAAGCUGUAUUGAGGACAAGAGAUGGGUUCCAGAUGCAUGCAUCUGGGCCAUACGGCGCAACAGUUAGUGUUGGUCAAUGCAGCUACGAACUCGAAGAGGAGCCUGAAAUGGACCAAAAUGUGCUCAUAGCCAUUGUAACGAGCUGAAUCCCUGAAUGGGAAGACUCCAAGUAGCAGCCUAUGCACGCAAAGGCAACAUAGAAGUCUACCAUAGGUAUGGCACAACGCUACAAAGGCU